AUGAGAACCGGGCUGGUGGCAUCGCCGGUGCCGACCGAGCUCGGGCUGGUCAAUUUUAGAGAGCCCGCAUUGGGGCUGGCAAAUCUUCUUGUGAGAUGCGACAAGGAUCUCGGCGGGUUCAGCACCGCCGACCUGUCGGUCGUUGAAUCUGAUAGUACUAGUAAUCAUGCGUUCGGGAGGUUCAAGGGAGAUUUGAGUUUAGACCUUCCGGCAGACAGACCCGAUAUCAUUCGGUUAGGAUAUGCCAUGUUCCGGACCAAAGACAUUGAACCGAAACUGUUCGGCCUGGCGUCCUCGGAGUACUGGAACUGGGAACCAUAUAACCAGAUGGUAUUACGAGUACGAGGAGACCGUCGUAAAUAUUUCAUUAACGUGCAAGCCGAAUCUGCGUACCCCACUGAUCUAUAUCAACACCGACUGUUUCUCAAGACUCCCGGCCAGUGGGAAGAAGUGACGGUCCCACUGGGAAACUUCAUCCUCACCAACGGAGGAAUCAUCCAACAACAACAGGCCAUGGAACUGUCACAAGUCAAGUCCGUCGGCAUUGGUCUCAUCGACCGCCAGUACGGCCCGUACCAACUCGACAUCGACUGGAUCAAGGUGGUCACCGGCGACGGUCCCCUCAAACCGGCCAAACCCACCAAACCGUCGUCCGCCGACCUCACUCCCGGCAAACGACUCUCUAUCGACGACUAA